AUGACUUCGACAAGAGCUGCGAGCAGGACAACGACCGACGAACUGCUAGCCCGCUUCUCCGCAGCCUUUGCAAGCCUUGACGACGAUGACGAUGACAUUUCGUGCGAGCAGCACGGCAAAGAUGAUUCUGCGGGCCCUUCCCGCGAGUCGCGAGCUGCUUUCGUCGAGCGCUACGAGGCAGUGCACUCCAUAGCCCAGAAGCAUAUACGUCCAUCGACCAGCUCCCGCAAGCUUACACCAGUAGCGCCGGCCACGGACUACGAGGCAGCCACUGAGCAUAUCCAUGGCGUAGCAUUGAGGAACCGGAUCGACCUGCGCGAAGAAGUAAGCGAUGCGCUCAUCGCUUGCCUUGGCGCUCUGGAUAAAUCCAUGUCGCAAGCCCAGCAUCUGGCUCGGCAAAGCAGAGCACUGCAAGAGUCGCGCAGGGCGGAUAGGGAGAGGCGAAUCGCCAACGGGCAGAGAGCGGAGGAUCUCCCUGCCAGUCUCAAGGGCAAGCAGAAGUUGGUGGAAGAUCCGGCCAUCACUUCGAGGAAUGCAGGAGAAAUUUUGGCGCUAUUGGUGAGCCAACAAACGGAGCGGGGUCUCAGUUGAAGUGAGCACAAGACUGACGCUUUCAUGUUGACAGCUCUCGCUCUCAUGCGUACCCUCUGAGAAUGCAUCUGAGUACGCCAAAGAUCUUUUGCAAGGCAAGACGCGACGCUCUUACGCUUACCUCGACGAGGAGCAUCAGCGCGAAGCGCAACGAGAGGAGUGGCUAAGGAUCUUGAUUGAAGAUCCAAUGGAGCUAGAAUACUCGGGCGCGACUGACUCGGACGAUAACGCUGAGCGAGUGGAGCGAUCACUCUGCGGAAGGAGAUGCUGAUGGGUCAAUGUCGCCACCAACAGCCACUCGAGCGAUGAAAGACGCGGUGAAGUCCCGGAACGGAAUUGCUGCUGCUGCUCGCGCCGACACGGAGAGCUCUGAUGCGCAUGCGCAACGGCUACGAGCAUGGCAGGGAGAAGCUCUUCACCAAAUCAAAUUAGCCGGUCAGGACACCUCGCAGCGUGACCAUCUCAGCUUCGUGCGACGACCCUUCGACUUGGGCCAGCUAGACACACUGCUAGCCCUGGAGGUGGGUGAAAAUGCACGCAUCGCUCAACUGCAAGAAACGCAUGCCUUGCGCGAGAUUUUGCUAGCGUUGCAAGGCAAUCCAAACAAGCUACUUCGAUGUCGCAACAAUAACGGCGAGUACGAAGUUGUUGCAGACCCAGCAAGGAUUAGUCAUUUAUCUCUGGGUUCCUGGAGUGCGGCCUUGACGCAUUUUGCGGUCAUCUGCACGUCCCUCGAGAAUCUGCGGCAGCUUUCAAGUCAGCUCCAAGCUUUGUCCGGGGGCGGCAUCGCAGGACCUUCUCUAGUGACUGCCCAAUCCUUUCGCAGCUUUGGCGGUGCACUCGACGAAGUGCUCGGCCGAACAAGUCAUCAAUUUGCCGCUUACGACGCGGCGAUUGCCAAGGCCCUCGUCCGAGGCCCAGGCGAGGCACCUCCCAUGUGCACCUUGACCGAACUGACGACCAAAGUCGACUGCACGGUUGCCACUCUGCUAGAGCUUGAAGAGAUAGCCCGGGAAGCUGAUUUAUUUCAAGCUCGGAUUUCUCUCGAGCUGCACGCGCCCACUCCAUUCCGAAGUGUGACACCACUGCUUGACGCCUUGCUCGCGGCAGUGCGCUUCGAAGCCGCCUUCGCGAAAGGACGAGAUGGGAAACUUCGCGAGCAUGCGCAGCCUGAUCCUGAGCAGCUGGCCAUGUGUUUUGUUGCGACGGCGAGUCCCCUUUGGGAUGAGGCGCGACGAUGGAUUGUACACGGCAUGCCCAUGGCCUCCCAGCCCACGGGUGAGGACCUCAGUCCCACUGCUCGUGUUCAGCGCUCCCAAAGGCUGGCAGCAACUUGCAGUUUCUUCCAGCGCGAUCAUCGGCUCUCACCGACUGACACCACCUUUUGGACCGAGGCGUGGACCCUCGGAGCGCUGAAGCAGGAGCGCGGCGUCGAACUCUCUGAAGAUGCAUCGCGAAGCGUUCCUUUGCCCCCUGUCUUCCUCAUUGGCAAAGGGCUAGCGCAGGAGAUUCUAUCGGCUGGCAAGGCUGUGGGUCUCUUGAGACUUUUAGGCGCCGCACACGAGCUGCCUCUGCUUGCAAGCUUGCUUCAAGAGGACAGCGAUCUGGAACGGCUGCUGGUGUUGGACGACGUCGAAGCGCCGAAUGAAGACGCCGACGCGGACGGCAUUUCACAUGAUUCGGAGAAUGAGACAGAUGCGACGCGCUCUGUUGGCGAGACUUGGUCCAGCAUGGCUCAGCUCAGUCUGGGGAAAUCACGCCUGCGAGGCUCGCAUCGGUCGAGCGUAACAUUUCCCGAAAGUGCUCGAGUAAAGCCGGACGAGCAGAUCAAUUCGACUCGGCCUCAGGUCGAUGCUGCUGCAAUCAGCCGAGCUUUAUUCGGCGACACCAUCUCGCCUCUCCUACGUGCCGAGCAAGAGCCAGUAUUUAGUAACGUUACGGACGAUUGUCUAUCCGACGCUCUUUUGCCUGACCGGCCGCUCAAACUGAGCGGGGGUGUGGCAGGCACACAACCCCAGCUUGCCUUCGUUCUUGGUAGCGAGGCAGGAGUAAGCACAAUCCUGAUUAAGCGCCUUGAGCCGGUGCUGACGCUUGUGCGGAGGAGGCUCAAUUCUGUGCUGCUGCAGUCGCGCCUUGAAGGCGGAGUCAUCGAUCUGCCUGCGCACAUCAGCGUGCUCCAGAAGCUGUUCUUGUGGAGAAGCCCUGAUAUGAGCUUUUGGGCACACCUGAUCCACCCUAGCGUGAGUGAGGCUGAUUUGCAUGUUUGCCAUCUUGUGACUCACGACUGAUCGUUGGCCCUGCUUCCACGUCAGAUGGCCCGAACGCUGCCAAAUGCUCAGGUUCUAGAAGUUUCGUUUCGCGAAGAGACCAGGGCGGAGGAAUGGGUCGACACUGGGCGAGUGCGCUUCAAGUCCGAGGCAUUGCGGAGCACAGGUAGCGUCAGAGCGCUAGCAAGCAUCAGCAUUGAUUAUGAGGUGGGUCAUACAGUGGGUGUGCAGUCCGCGAAACGGUAGCUGACAUACUGGGAGGCGCGUGCAGAUGCCGUGGCCCUUGACUUAUAUGCUCACUCCGGGCGUGAUCGAGGCCUAUCAGCAGAUGUUUACUCUUCAGCUACAGCUCUUUCGAGCAUCAAGCUGCCUCUCUGAGCUGCUGAACCUUCGCCCGAGCAUGCUCACCGGACUAGGAGUUGAGCUCCAGGAUGCGCCUGGAGAUGGCAAGCUAGCUGCGAUGCCAGGCCACAUUCUGCACACGCGUGCUAACGACGUACGAGUGUCCAUUUCUCUGCGCGUCAAGAUGAAUUGGAUCGUCGCGCUGCUGAGACGGUGGAUCAUGACGGACGUGAGUCACUUACAUAAUGCUCGUUGGAGCCGAGUUGAGUGCUGACGCUUAUGCCGGCUAUGCACAGAUCCUAGAGCCGCGGUGUCAAGAGAUCGCUGAACGACUGCCCACGUUGUCGUCGUUCGACGAGAUGAUCGAGACGCAUGCCUCCUCCGUCCGCAGAAUGGCCGACUUGUGCUUCCUCUCUUGGCCUGCGAAGGGCUCGAAGGUCUCUCAUCAAGCAUCACAAAGCGCACGACUUGGCAACUCGGUGCCCAUCGACCAAAGCCGUUUUGAUGCUUCGCAUCUCACUUUUGAUCGGACUGUCGAUGCCAGCCGCACGGCCUACGCGGCGCGCUACAACGAGCACGUCCACGGAAUCAUUCUGGACUUGCUCGACAUUGCCGUAGAAGCCAGCGACGCCGUGCUCAAGCUAGCAGGAAUGUCAAAGUGCAAAAGACACGCGCCACGCGCGAGAACAACAAAGGCUCAGAAAUCAUCCCGCUCGCAUGCCCGCACAAGGCCUGGAAGGCCGACGAGCUUGUCUGACGAAGAAGAGAUCGAGAGAGAGAUCCAAGGCGUAGAACAGGAAGCCGAGGAACGAGAAGGGAAAGACGAGCGAAUGUUCGGUCACGUCGGGCUUGAUUUUGGAGCGCAUAUUUCACGCCUGGAGAAAUCCUUCGAUCGACUGGUCCUGUCACUGCGGUCUGGAGUGUCGCGCAAGAUUUCCGAACUUGCAAACGCGCCAGUCCCUCCUCGUACGCAGGAGGGCCGGAUCAAGGAGCGCCAAAGAGACUUGCAGGACUUGCAAGCUUUCAAAGCUGCGCUGGACGCUUGGCUCGAUUGA